AUGAACGCAUUGACCAAGGUGAAGCUUAUCAAUGAAUUGAACCAGCGGGAGGUGGAACUCGGGGUGGCCGAAAAGGUAUCAUGGCACGCUGAAUACAAGGACAGCGCUUGGAUCUUUCUGGGGGGACUCCCCUAUGAACUGACUGAAGGAGAUAUCAUCUGUGUGUUUUCUCAAUACGGUGAAAUUGUAAAUAUUAAUCUUGUACGAGAUAAGAAGACCGGAAAGUCCAAAGGAUUCUGUUUUCUUUGCUACGAAGAUCAGAGAAGCACGAUUUUGGCCAUCGACAAUUUUAAUGGGAUUAAGAUUAGAGGAAGAACUAUCCGAGUGGAUCAUGUGGCUAAUUACAGGCCUCCCAAGGAUUCCCAGAAUAUGGAUGAUGUAACCAGAGCACUCUGGGAAAAGGGCUGUGGGGUUAAGACCCCGUCUCCUAGUUCGUUGGAAUCCUCGGAAGAUGAGACACCUGUGAAAAAGCAUAAAAAAGACAAAAAAGAGAAAAAAAGGAAGAACAAAGACAAAGAUAUUAGAACAAACAUGGAUAAGCAGGAAAUGCCCACAUCAUCGUCCGUAGUGUCCCGCCACAAGACCAGGAAGGAGAAAGAGAGUUCUGGUCUGGGUAAGUCUGCCACGGGAAGUCUCGACAAGAACUCCAGUCCUGAGCGGCGAGAAGGACACAGACACUUAAGCAGCUCACCUGUGUUCUACCGAAGUCACUUGAGAGAGCCGAGCCUACCUCGAGGAGGGAUUCGAGAAGGGAUAAGCCAUGGCAUAAGAAAUCCUCAAGCAGCUCCAGCAGGAAGGAAAGGAGGAGGAAGGAAAAGAGAACGAGAAAGAAGCCGCAGCUCGGAAAAGCACACGCACCUGGGUGAUGAUCAUUCUGAAGGCGGGUCCAAGAGGAGACACAAACACAGAUGAGCUUUUAACAAAACAAUAUCAGUAAAAUGGAAGGGGCAGGUGUCAGAUUUAAAAUAAGGUGAAGAAGAAAAAUACAUAAUGAAUAAAUGGAAGUGUGAUUUUUUUUUCAAA